AACGAAUAAAAGCAACCUCCAUGCAAUCCCUAGGGCUACAUCCGUUUCACGCGGAGUUCCACAGUCAUAGGAUAUAAAGCUCAGUAAGCUUAGUACGCCUGCUCGCUGGCAGGUCCGCAGUUCCUGCGGCCAGGCCUUCGACAGUAACUGACCACAUUUAUCAAGAAGGCUCCGCUGAUCUUUCUCAAGCGAGCAAGCAUACCUAUAUUGAGACUCGUAAGGAUUCUUCGGAAUCUGCAAGGAUGGGAGGCCAAAUCAUUGUCCACCCCAUGUUCGUGCACACGCUGCACGCCGGCCCCGAGGUACGCACGCUGGAGGAGGUGCCGCAAGACGUGCUGGAGCUCAUCGCAUCACGUGUACGUACGGCACAGGAGCUGUGCGUGCUGCAGUGCGUCAGCAAGCGCUGCAGGGAGGCUGCCAGCGCGGACGAGCUGUGGAAGCGGCUGUGCAUGACGCGCUUCGCAGUGCCGAGCAGCUGCUCGCCGCCCUCCUGGCAGCAGCUGUACAGGUUUAACUACGAGUUCCUGUACAAGGUGCUCCUGUCUCGCAGCUCGGAGCAGCUCUCCUCCGGCUUCUCGCGCUCCGGCUCGCGCUUCGUGGGUAUCGGCAUCGCCAUUAAUGCCUAGCCUACAACGGCUACAAACGAGAG